AUGGUUUAUUUUCGGGCGCUGAAACCGUCGAUUCCCCAGUACGACCUGGUGAAUGUCCAACUCAAGGGAUAUGACUUCCGAGUCCUAGAAUCGUACCAGAAGUACGUGGAAAAAUUAGCGGAAAACUUCGGAGUGAGCGUGAAUGACAGUUGGGCGACUCCUGCUUCGAAGUACCGCGUAGAUGUCGUAAGUGACGCUAACAAGGUUGUUGACCAGCUGAAUCUGACGAAGUAUGAGCGAAAUGUUCAGUUUGAGAAUCUGCCAGCGUGUAGAGCAGGCCUAAUGCUGAGCUUGCUGAAGCGAACGUUGCCUCCAGGAGUUGAACUGAGUGUUCACGAGCAUUUGCCGGAACACGAACAAAUUCGAAUGGUGCCUGAUUUCGAACUAUUGGAACUGAAGAAAUGGGGGCUUUGCCCAUUCCCUGUGAGGUUCAUUGGUGGACCGGCUCAGAAGACAUACGGCUGUGGGACGAGUGUGACACCAGUGUCUUCAGAAUGGGGGCUUUGCCCAUUCCCUGUGAGGUUCAUUGGUGGACCGGCUCAGAAGACAUACGGCUGUGGGACGAGUGUGACACCAGUGUCUUCA